UCUUCUUAUGUUUUUAAAUCAACACGUUUCGUUAAUUCAUUUGUUUUUCGCCGUCGCUUCGUUCAUGGAGGAGACGAAGUGACAGUGACGCAGCUGUCGGACAUUUCCGUCAUUUGAGCCGAAAAUGGAGACGGUGAUGGAGAGAGAGUGCAGCGCUCUGGGGGGGCUCUUCCAGACUGUCAUAGCAGACAUGAAGGGAAGUUACCCUGUGUGGGACGACUUCAUCAGCAAGGCCAGCAAACUGCAGUCACAGCUGAGGAUGACGGUGGUGGUUGUGGCCGCUUUCCUGGACGCUUUUCAGAAGGUCGCAGACCUGGCAACCAACAGCCGAGGUAGGACAGCAUCCUCGCACUCACACACACAUACACACACAGACUGAGAUCAUGAGGAGUAAAUGUCAUGAAUGUGUUGAUUGUUGUUGUGAUUAUUUAAUAUAAUCUGCAGUUUGUGACGAUGCGGUGAUGAAAGUGAUGUUUCAGUAGCUCUGGUCUAUAACAGUUUUGCUUCAAAGGUUUAUUUGUUUCAUGUAUGUUUAUAUGUAUAUGUAAGUAUUUGCUGCAAAUAACAAUAGCAGUAACUGUAUUGUGAGUUAAAUUUUAAAUAUAAAAUGAAUUGACAUGUCAACCUGUCGACGUUGUCUGUUGUGUUUGCUCGCUGUGCCACAGUAUCAACCCCCUCCCUCUGUUUCUUAAAAUUUGAGCUUUGAUAUUUGUGAUUUUAUUGUGUAUUUGACUCAUUUCAGUUUGUUAAUCAUGUACUGUAAAGUGACCUUGAGUGCUUUGA